UAUUUUGACAAAUUAUUUUCCGAUUAUUUUUGCCAUAACCAUUUCAUUCUCAGUCCAUUAUAAAUUGCUGAAAAUAUGGUGUUUCUCAACAAACUCGUUCUUUUUGUAGGUUUUCUGUCGCUUUUACAUGCGGCAUAUUCAGCAGCACAACAUCGAGCUUAUUUAAGAAUUACGGAUCAAGAGUUUUCGAACCUUCCCGUAGAUAUAAUCUUUCAAGCAAUUCUUAGUUUAUUCCUCAUCAUUUACAACAUACUACAAGUUGUAGGCGACUUCAAAGAAAUUCGAGCUGCUGUGGAUCUGCAAGCCAAAUCCUGGGAAACUUUAGCGAAUAUUCCAUCAUUCUACACAUUCAACCAUCGCGGUAAAGCAUUAGCCCCCUUUUACGAACAACCAAAUCCGGGAUCUAUGGAUCGAUCCGAUCUAAGUGCAGUGGAAUGAAACGAGAUAUUUAUUUCUAAUAAAACCAAAUAAUUUUACAUAUUGA